AUGAAGGUGGCGCUGAAAGCGAAGAAGAAAGCAAAGCCCCUGCCCCCUGCCAAAGCAAAGGCUUUAAAGGCAAAGAAAGCAGUGCUGAAAGCAUCCCCAAGAGCAACAAGCUUGACCUCUAUGAAGAAGAUAGAAGUCAACCAUACACUUGUGUUCAUUGUGGAUGUCAAGGCCAAUGAGCAGCAGAUCAAACAGGCCGUGAAGAAGCUCAAUGACAUUGACAUGGCCAAGGUCAACACCCUGAUCAGGCCUGGUGAAGAGAAGAAGGCAUAUGUUCCACUGGCUCCCGACUAUGAUGCUCUGGAUGUUGCCAACAAAAUUGGGAUAAUCUGA